ACGAGAAGAAGAGGGAAACAAAAAUUAAAAUCAAAAAUCGAAAAAGGAAAGCAGCGACUCUCGAGCGAGUCACUCCGAGUCGACUCAGUGAGUCGAAAUCACAAAAAUUAACGGACGGGAUAAACAAAAAUACAAUGAAGAAGAUUGUCCGUAGUAGUCGUAGUAGAAGUACAAGUCUUCGUUUUAUCACACCUAUACAUACACCUAUACGUACAACUAUUUUAGAAACCCUAGCUUUGAUUUACAAACACCUUUUUUUAUAUACACACAAAAUUAGAUAUAAGUAUAUAUUAAUUGAUCAUGAUUUUCGAGAUCGGUUAUUUUUAUUGAAGUUUUUUUGGUGAUUUUCGCGGGAAAAUUGAGGUUCGUGUGUGGUUGUUUGGGGAGAUUGAGGCUCGGAGAGGCGCGAUCGAGGAGAAGCCUUUUCAAACCCACCUGGGGGUUUUGUUACUUGUCAUAUGAUCGCUCUUGGUGGACUUUAAUAUCAUUGUUACGAUGGAUGAGUCUGGUGCUCGGUUUGAAGGUAUUGCAAGCACUGCAAGGAAAAAGAGAAGCCAAACUUCUCGUCGACCUAAGCCUGAAUCACAACCAUUAGCGGAGGGUCGUAAUAAGUCAACUUUAUUGGCACAACAGCUUCCAGAUGAUAAAGCCAAAAUCUCCAGUGAUGAGAAGUCUGGUUAUGGUGGUAGCUCAAAGAGAAAGAAAGUGUUUAACCUUAAUCUAUGUGCUUCACGGGAUUCUUCAGUUACUAAAGAUGAAGGUGAGCAUGCUCAUAAGAAGUUGAAAAAAGAUAGUGGUUCAAGUACAUUGCAUAACAACAGUGGUUUGAAAGUUGAUAAUGAGAAGGGAGGUGGUUCGAACCAAAAUCAUCAUAAUGGUGGUCUUGCCUCUAGUAGGAACUCAGGAUCGCUUGGUGAUGCAAAGGAGGGUAAGUUAAAAAAGGUUAAGCUAAAGGUUGGUGGUGUGACACGCACCAUUCAGACAAAGCCCACUUCUCAUGCUACGAAGCCCACUUCUCAUGCUACGAAGCCCACUUCUCACUCUGCAUCGGGCAAUGGAUCUUCUACAAAGAGUGCUAAAACAUCGACUGCUCCUAGGCCACGGCCAAAACUAAUUCUCCAGGACGAUUCUGAUGAAGACAAUUCUCCACCUCUAGACAAAAAAUCAGGCUUGCAAGGAACCCCGUGUAAGGAUUUCUCAAACGGGGACAAUAAUCACAGUAAAGAGGAAAUUACUAGCGGUCAGAUGUCUGGGAGAAAUGGCUCCAGAAAGCAAGCAGAAAGGUCGGACCGGGUUCGCAAGAGUAGGAGGAUGCCAAAGAAACGUGAUUUAAAUGGAGAAUCUGAUGAUGAGGACGAUGAUGAGAUCCGGUACCUGGAGAAACUCCGAACUUCUAAAGUUGCAGCUGGGUACAAAGAUGCUGGGGAAGAAUCUGGCAUCAAACAACGAAGUCUAUCUAGGGAUUUAAGAGGUGGGAAUGUCAAAGAUUUUGGUCCUUCAAAGUUAGGCAAAGAUGGUAAGAAGGCCAAAUCAGAGAGAGGUUCACAGGACACAGAUUAUGAAGAGGAGGAAGAAGUAAUGUCUGAAGGGGAGCCUGAAGCUAAAAAGAAGUUAGCAAAGGAUGUUACUGAUUCUCCAGCUGAAGGUAGAAAGGAAAUAGCUCUUACAACUCGUCAACGAGCUCUUCUGUCCGGCAAAGAUGCUUCUUCCGUGUCAAUUGAGUUUCCAAAUGGUUUACCACCACCUCCACCUCGAAAACAAAAGGAGAAACUGACGGAAGUGGAGCAGCAGCUGAAGAAAGCUGAGGCUGCUGAGAGGCGUAAAUUGCAGAAUGAGAAGGCGGCUCGUGAGUCAGAGGCUGAGGCAAUCAGAAAAAUACUUGGUCAAGAUUCUAGUAGAAAGAAGCGAGAAGAUAAAAUAAAGAAGCGUCAGGAAGAGUUGGCUGAGGAGAGGGCUGCUAAUGCACGAACGCUUCCUCCGAAUACUAUUAGAUGUGUUAUGGGCCCUACCGGAACCACAGUCACCUUUUCAGAGGACAUGGGUUUACCUUGCAUCUUUGACACUAGAACCUGCAGUUAUCCACCUCCGCGUGAAAAAUGUGCUGGUCCAUCUUGUAACAACCCCUACAAGUAUCGAGAUUCAGCGACAAAAGCUCCUCUUUGCAGUCUUCAGUGCUACAAGGCAAUUCAUGAAAAGAUGGAUGGUGGCAACAGUAGUGGCAGUUGACAGUAUUUGUAUUAGUCUCUUCUGUUCUAUGCAUGCAGGUAUUCCUGCACAAUUGUCUAAGAGCAUAUAGAUUUUGAUGAUUUUUUGGUAAUUACCAUAGCUGAUGAUGUUAGGAGAUGGGAAUGUUGAAAUCCAUCAAGCACUUUUGUGGAAUUUAAAACUCUUUUUUUUUUCCUAUAAAAAUAUUUAGAUCAUUAUCGAACAA